AUGGUCAAGUCUCUAACUCUUGCAGCGGUCAUUGUGCCCAGUGUCUGGGCAAUUAAUACCGAUGGUCGUCUGUACUCAUCGUUUGUUUCGCUGUCCAUUGAGCUGAUUGGGUUCCCGGACUGGGCUGAGACCGCGCCAUCUACGACGACUCUCACCACUCCAACUGCCAGCAGCUGCCGCCACGCUGACCCCGGCGCCUGGCAGUGCAUCGGCCCCAGGUUCUUCGACUCUUACGGCGCGUUCCCCGCCGGCACGUUAUACUCGCACAAUUUCAAUGUCGCGACGUGGAAUGCGUCCGGCUUCCACACGCUCGAGGCCACGGUGCCGCUCGCGUGCAGCGCACUGCGCGGCCAGCUAUCGCUCUUCGAAAUCGGCAAUGAGCCGGACCUCUACGUCGGCAAGCGGCGCGACAGCAAUUACGACGUACAUGACUACCUCGCGGACUGGGCCAACACCACCGCGCGCUUCGAGCACUUCCUGAAACAAGCGUGCCCCGACAUGGCCAGCGAGCAGCAGCUCCACUACAUGUUCCCCUCGGUAAGCUCCCCCGUAUCUCGGCUCCGUGUGCCAGACAUGUUUGCCGCCGCUGUCGGGGGCAGUAGCAGUAGCAUCAAGCGGGUGACGCAGGUCUCCGUCCACAACUACAUGGCGGGCGCCACACAACCCGGAGUCACGCUGCAGGCGACGCUCAUGAACCACACGGCCGUCGCGCGCUCCCUUGCCGGGCAUGUCGCCUACGCCAAGUCCGUCGAGGCCUCCGACGCCGACUAUGUUAUCGGUGAGCACAACAGCCUGUACGGGGCCGGCGCCGCCGGCCUCUCGGACGUAUUCGGUGCCGCGCUCUGGGGCGUCGACUUUGCGUUGCAGGCCGCCGCCACCGGCGUCGUCAAACGCGUGCACUUCACCAGUCUCUCGGCUCGCCCUACGCCGCGUGGUCCGCGACCGCGCCACGGCAGACGAAGUCGCCGUACUACGGUCAAGACGCUGGCGCUCGGCGGUCGCGCGGAUCUUGACUCGGGGUACGGCGCGUACGUUGACGGUCGACUGGAGCGCCUGGCGCUGCUGAACCUGCGCGAGUGGAGCCGUCGUCGAACUGGACGGUCAAAGCGUCUGUCGGCGGCAGCCGCGUGCGACAAGACGGGCAUCACGUUCAACGGCUUUGCGUACGAGGCCGAGACUAUGGACAAGCCCGCGCGAGUGGCCUCCCGGGCCAGUAAUGAACAGGUAAAAGCAGACAAGAGCGGCAAGUUAGCCAUCGAGGUCGCAGACUCGGAAGCGAUCGUUGUCCUUCAGAAAUAG